AAAGAAAAGUGAUAAUUAGUAGAAAUUAUUAUAAUUUUAUAAAAAUUAAUGUAAUGUAAAGUAUUUGUAAUUUGAUGUAUCGUGCAACAAUACGUUACAUUUCAAGAGAGAAUUAAAUCGUGAAUUUUUUUUAAAUUUCAUCUUCUUGUCUUUGAAACGAUUGUUGUAUCAACUUUUUGAACCUUGAACACACUACAAAUCCAAUUGUAUUGUAGUUUCUCGUUAAUCGUGAUAAGAUCAGUCGUCAUGCACACCACCUACGGAUCUAAUAAAUUUUAAAAUAGUUACUGAAUAAUUUAAAUCACAAGCACACAACCUUGUUAUAAAAGGCAGUAUUCGACACGAAAAAUAACCAGUAUGAUGAACAUUGCUGAAGUCGCGAGCAAGAAUUCAAAAACCCCAAUAACUAUGUCUAAAAAAUCAAACAAUAAGAACCAAGAAUUCUUCUAUUACGAUAAAAAGCACGAUAAUUCGAUAUCAAAAAAACGAUCGAAUCGUAAAAUUAAUGUGAUCGAAACCAAGUCGAAUGUCACGAAACGUGUAACUGAUCCUCCAAAAAAGCGAAAAAGGAAUCCAACUUCGUUGGACAUUUUAACUGAUUUUUUGGAAAGCACUUCCGUGCAUGGUUUGCAAUAUUUCGGUAAAACGGAUAUAGAAGUCGGAACAUUUGGAAAGAUCUUAUGGAGUGUCACCAUAUUCAGUUGUUUCAUCGGUAUCUGUCGUUUCUUCGAGAUAAAAUGCAUAAAAAUAAUACAUAGAAUUAAGUAUGUGUAUCUCGUUUCAGGUUUGAGCUUAAUGGUAAUGCAAUUUCUACGUCGUUACAAUGAAAAUCCGACCAACACGUAUAUACUGAGUUUCGACGAACCGAUAUUCAAAGCUCCUUUUCCUGCUGUAACCAUCUGUCCAACUAUGCCAAUUCCUAUGCAAAAACGUCUGGCCAUUUUGGAGAACGCGAUAUUGCCUGAGAACGUGAGCAGAGAGUUUGCGUUAAACAUGUUAAAAUACGGCCAUCUUAUAACUCAUUCGUACACGAGCAAAGAGUUCGAGGAAAUCGAUAAGUUAAAAGCGUUUUUGAAUGCCAAUAAAUGGAAAGUGAUAGAAUUCGUGAAAAUUUUGAUAAAUUGCGAGGAUAUCUUCGAAUCGUGUCUGUGGAAUACGGAACGGAUAGAUUGUGGUAAAUCGAUAAAAACCUCGUAUAGUUCUUAUGGAUUGUGUUGCUCGUUUAAUUAUCUUCUCGAAGGUUACAUGGGAUCUCAGAAGCAAGUAUUUCAACAAUAUUUUAAUCGUUUCGAGAAAUUGUAUUAUUUCCUUGUACGUAUAUUUCUUUUUUUAUCGAUGAUGUAAAGAGGUCAAGUAAGACCAAAA